AUGGCAGCUCCGGUGCUGAGCUGGCUGGUGAAUCGCUCCCUCCUCCUUCCCCUGGACUCCGCUCAACUGCUCGGCACAAAAGCCUCCUGCCUGCAGCUGGUGGCCACCAGGAACGUGAACAUCAUCCUGCAGCACUACAACUUCUCGGGCAAGCUGACCAACCGGCACUCCGGCGACGAGGGCAUGGGGCUGGUGCGCACGGCCUUCGCCGUCAUCAGCUGCCUCAUCAUCCUGGAGAACCUGCUGGUGCUGCUGGCCGUGCUGCGCUGCCUGCGGGGCCGGCGCUGGGUCUACUCCUGCAUCGCCAGCAUCACCCUCAGCGACCUGCUGGCGGGCGUCGCCUACCUCUGCAACCUGCUCCUCUCGGGCAGCAAGACCUUCCAGCUGUCCCCGCAGCUCUGGUUCCUGCGGGAGGGCAUCCUCUUCAUCGCCCUGGCCGCCUCCACCUUCAGCCUGCUGGUGACGGCCGUGGAGCGCUACGGCGCCAUGGUGAGGCCCAUCGCGGAGAACGAGGCCAGCAAGACGCUGCGGCUGCGCGGCCUCAUCGUGGCCUGCUGGCUGCUGGCCCUCGUCAUCGGGCUGCUCCCGCUGCUGGGCUGGAACUGCCUCUGCGACUUCCAGGCCUGCUCCGUGCUCCUGCCUCUCUACUCCAAGAACUACAUCCUCUUCUCCGUGGUUAUGUUCAGCAUCAUCCUCCUGGGCAUCAUCGGUUUCUACAUCUCCAUCUUCCACCUGGUGCAGGCCAGCUCCAAGCAAAGCAGCUCCCGGCACGGCCGCAAGCGCUCCCUGCGCUUGCUGAAGACGGUGCUGAUGAUCCUGGGGGCCUUCAUCCUCUGCUGGAGCCCCCUCUUCGUCCUGCUGCUCUUCGACGUGUUCUGCGACACCGGAGCCUGCAGCCACCUGCACAGCCUGGACUGGACCCUGGCUCUGGCCCUGCUCAACUCGGGGGUCAAUCCCGUCAUUUAUUCCCUGCGGAGCGUGGAGGUUCGCCGCGCCGUGGGGAGCCUGCUGUGCUGCUGCUGCCUCAGGGCCGGGCUCUGCAGGCCCGGCAGCUGCGUGGCCAUGUCGGACAUCAACUCUGGCUCCUCCACGGAGAGCUCCCUGCGCUACCGCGACAGCUUCCGCAGCCCCGCCGCGCGCGGCGCUCGGCCCAGGGCGCCUCUGUCCAGCAACUCCAGCAUGAUGAGCAAUCUGCCCAGUCUGUGA